UGUUGUGCAGUAUCAGCUCAGUGUUGAUUUCGGUAGUGAUAGUUGCGCUUGUAGGGAUUCCAAAAGGUGUAGAUAACAGUUGGUUAACAAGUGUACAAGCAUGUGGUACUACAGUAAUUAGUGUUAGCAGUGCUGUCAGUAAAGCUUUUCUUUUAGAUGGCCAGGUUAGAUUUGAGAUUUGGAAGUCAAAAGGUGUGUUGGUUAUUGUCCAGCAGGCUAUGGGGUUGGUGUUGG